AUGGAGCGACCGCUUCUGGACAAUGUGAUCACUGCUGGAGUGAAGGCGCUGGAGGCUGCGGAGCUCAGCCGCGUGAGUUCAGCCUCCGAGUCCCCGAGCGCUGCCAACGGCAACUGGGGUGGUGAGCCACGGGAAUGGGCAAACUCCGAUUCGAUCACCCAGCAGAUCUCCAAGGUGUCGCAGAUGGGACCUUUAGCCCAGGCCAAGCAGUUCAUAGCUGACAAACUGGCCGGGGAGUAUGAUGCCGAGAGGGUUGGAAAUCUUAUCGACGAGAAGGUGGCUUCAAACAAGAUCAUGAUGUUCUCUUUUUCCACCUGUCCCUUCUGCCUGCGGGCGAAGCAGAUCCUCCGAGAAGACUACGGAGAAGAGUUUGAGGUGUACGAGUGCGACCAGGAGGCUGACGGUUAUGCAGUUCGAGCUGAGCUGGGGCGGCGCACCGGCCGCACCUCCAUGCCCUCCGUCUACCUGGGUCCCUCUGUGUACUUGGGUGGCUGCAAUGAUGGAGGUCUAGGAGGAAUUGCAACUCUGGACCAGCAAGACCGGCUCGGAGACUUGUUGGCGGAGCGCAGCGCCACGAGUGCCUUCGCGCAGACACGCGGCUUUGCUCCACUGGAGUGGCUCGCAGCGAUUGGACAGCCAGAUCGGCAAGAGACGCUGAAAAGGAAGAAGGCUCUGCUGGCAGCUUGCGCAGAGGCACCGAAGAAUGGCGUCGAUGCAAAUGAUGCCAUGAAAGACAAGGUGGAGGCUGCUGCCUCGGACCUGGAGGCUCUGUGCCCAUCCACUCCGGCGCGGGCCUCCCUCGAAGGGGUCUGGGAUCUGCAGUAUUGCCUCCAGGCUGCAGUGGUACGGUCGAUAGGCACGGCGGAAGGGAGCUCCAACGGCAAAGUCGGACCCUUCGUGGGUGACGUGACGCAGACGUUCGUUGACGAUGUCCGAUUUGUGAACGCGGUGGAGAUCGGACCAAUCAAGGUUGCCUUGCAGGCAGAGCGAGAAGUGCUCAAUGACACCGAGAUCAGGGUGACUUUCAAGGAGACCGUGUUCUCUUUCUUGGGUAUCGAGCUCUUCCGCAAAGCUACCAAAGGUGCUGGAACCUGGAAGCAGCGCUUUGUGGAUGCAGGCUUUCGCGUCAUGGACACCCCGUCCCUCUUCGUCCUCCGCAAGCGCCGCAGCUAG